AUGGGUAUGGAAUUGCCUUCACCAGACAGCCCUAGGGAACAAGUCCGUGUCUUGAUGGACCGGAAAUCCAACAUCGAGGCGGAGCUGGAGGCUCAGCUAUCUAUUCUGAAAGCAAACUCAUCGACGCUGCAUUCUCCUCUGGUCGACCCGGAUGGGUUCCCUCGGGCCGACAUCGACAUUUACGCGGUACGGGGCGCGCGGAUACGCAUAAUCGAGCUACGGAAUGAUCUAGCGGCAUUGAUGAACGAGAUUGGGAAGAAGUUGGAGAACAUAUACGAUCCGAGUCUGGUGCCUCAGGAAUCGGAGUCGCCUGCUGACACUCCUUUUGCAAGAGUUGACGGAGUGGCACCAGGAAGUCCGGCUGCGGAUGCGGGUUUGAAGCGCGAGGAUCUCAUCGUGAAAUUUGGUUCACUUACGGGUCCAACAUCCCUACAGGCUGUGGCGGAGGUCGUAGGGGCCAAUGAAAACCGGAGUAUUUCAAUCAGAGCUCUUCGAGACAGUCAGCCGGUUUUCUUCAGCCUAACACCGAGAAAAGGCUGGGGCGGACGAGGGAUGCUCGGUUGCCACAUUGUGCCAUACACAGCGCCAUGA